CGAGGCGAGCGGUGAGCCAAUGGCAAUGGUGGGGGGCGGGGCGCACCGCUGGCUGAUUGAUCCCAGCUCUGGCGUUGUUCAGUCGGAGCGAGAACAUUCUAGAGAUAUCCCGGCACCGCUCUCCCUGGUGAUACCGCCCGCCCCAGGACGCCGGGACCCGGAGGCUGCGGCGUCCGCCUCCGCCUCCCUCUCCGUCUGGAUAUAAGCGCCCCCUCGGCCCUGUUCUCCUCUCACAAUCGGCUUCGUCGCAGCCCGGGGCGAGCAGCGUUGGGUUUAUGUCUUUAUUGGACGAAAACGAGCUGUUGCGCAGCCACUGGUACCUGUAUUGGGGAAACAUAGCGUACAAGCAAGAACCUUACAGCCUCAGUGGCGAAAAUUUUUUCAUGUCAGAGACCGAGAACUCUUGCAGUCGUUUAUGUCAUCCCGUCUUCUCCAGACAGAAGAUACCAAAAAACUGCAAUCAAAGAUCUCUUCAUCUUAUUGAUAAAGCUACUAAUAAGGCAAAAUGUCUGUCAACGUCAACCGCAGUGUUUCAGAUCAGUUCUAUCGCUACAAAAUGCCCCGUCUGAUUGCCAAGGUGGAGGGCAAAGGAAAUGGAAUAAAGACGGUUAUAGUCAACAUGGUUGACGUUGCAAAGGCGCUUAAUCGGCCUCCAACGUAUCCUACCAAAUUUUUUGGUUGUGAGCUGGGAGCACAGACCCAGUUUGAUGUUAAGAAUGACCGUUACAUUGUCAAUGGAUCUCAUGAGGCGAAUAAGCUGCAAGACAUGUUGGAUGGAUUCAUUAAAAAAUUUGUUCUCUGUCCUGAGUGUGAGAAUCCUGAAACUGAUCUGCAUGUCAAUCCUAAGAAACAAACUAUAGGUAACUCUUGCAAAGCCUGUGGCUAUCGAGGCAUGCUUGACACAAACCAUAAACUCUGCACGUUCAUUCUCAAAAACCCACCUGAAAGUGGUGACACUGGUACAGGAAAGAAAGAAAAGGAGAAGAAGAACAGAAAAGGCAAGGACAAAGAGAAUGGUUCUGUGUCCAGCAAUGAGACACUUCCACCCCCACCACCAGAGGAGAUUACUCCUCCACAGGUUGUGGAGGAGGAGGAUGAUGAUGACUGGGGUGAGGACACAACAGAAGAGGCCCAGAGGCGUAGAAUGGAUGAAAUCAGUGACCAUGCGAAGAACCUCACACUUAGUGAAGACCUGGAAAGAACUAUAGAAGAGAGAGUCAACUUACUAUUUGAUUUUGUAAAGAAAAAGAAGGAAGAAGGUGUCAUCGAUACUUCUGACAAAGACAUUGUAGCAGAAGCAGAGAGACUGGAUGUAAAGGCCAUGGGCCCACUUGUUCUCACUGAAGUCCUUUUUGAUGAAAAGAUUCGUGAACAAAUCAGGAAAUACAGACGUCACUUCCUUCGUUUCUGCCACAACAACAAGAAAGCUCAGAGGUACCUUCUCCAUGGCUUCGAGUGUGUGGUAGCUAUGCAUCAGUCUCAGCUUAUUUCAAAAAUACCACAUAUUUUGAAGGAAAUGUAUGAUGCAGAUCUUCUGGAAGAAGAAGUCAUCCUUGGCUGGGCAGAAAAGGCCUCAAAGAAAUAUGUUUCAAAGGACCUUGCCAAAGAAAUCCGUGUCAAAGCAGAACCAUUUAUUAAAUGGCUAAAGGAAGCUGAAGAAGAAUCUUCCGGUAAUGAAGAAGAGGAUGAAGAUGAAAACAUAGAGGUGGUGUACUCCACAACUGCCAGUGUACCUAAAGUUGAAACUGUGAAGCCUGCAAACAGCAAAGAUGAUGAUAUCGAUAUCGAUGCCAUUUAAAGUGAUGCAACAUAGCUUCCAGCAUAAUAAUGCAAACUUCUCUGCGUUUUCUGCCAGAAGUGUGACUUGUAUGUGCACAAGCUGAAAUGGCUUAACAUCCUGCUACUUUGUACUCUAAAAUGUAUCUUUUUACUGUGACUGGUCUUGUGUAACUAAGCCUAAUACCGAGGAGUCAGCACGUCAGUGAACUGAUCUAGUUUGCAACUGGCAUGUUCUAUUUUGUUUUUCUAACUUUUGUUGGACACAUACUUGGAGCACAUUUAUACAGUUGUGGAAAUAAAGGAUUUGGUUUUGGUCAAUCUUCA